CCUCAUCCUUCAAACAGUAACGGUUAUCGGGAGAAUUGUAAAGAUGAACGGAUUCACAGUCGCUCUGGUCGUGCUGGCUAAUGCCCUGCUCCUUUUGAACUAUGCUGUAGCGGAUCAGCGGAAGCCGGAUGAAAAGUUGACCGCCAUUGGUGAGCUGGAAUCGUUCGACGAGAAACCAGGGUUUGAGGAUGUGUUUGAUGGGCUGGACGGAAUGCGCAAGAGACGUGCUGUUCCCGAAUCGCAGGAACACAACGAUAACCAGCAACCACCCGGUGGUGGUCGUGGUGGCCGUCAAAAUGUGUUUGCCGCUAUUCGCAACCGUCGGUCGGCCCAGGGGCAGGGUCAGGGACAGGAAAAUGGUGGACAGGGACAGGGCCAGGGAGGUCAGGAUGGUCAACGUGGGCCACCGGAAGGUAAAGGCCAGGGUCGUGGACAGGGCCGAAGCCGGAAUUAAUCUUUGACCAUGCGCCCAUGCCGCAGUAGAAACGAUGAACAGUUGCACCGGGAGAUUAGUUAGUUGCAUGCACCGCUAUUAUUGCAGCAAUUCUACU